AUGGAGAGGAUGUUCGCAGCGCCCUUUGUCGCCCAACUCGGAGACGGCCAUGUGGACGGAGUUUACUCCAUGGCCAAGGACCCUGGCUCUCUCGAGCGUUUCGCCAGUGGUAGUGGCGAUGGUGUCAUCAAAUGCUGGGAUCUGCCGGGUCGAGAACAGAUCUGGUCUGCCAAAGCACACGACAAUAUUGUCAAGGGCAUUUGUUGGACGCCAGACCGGAAGAUUGUGUCAUGUGCCGCAGACAAGACGGUCAAGAUCUGGGAUCCAUAUAAUGGUGAAGAGAAAGGUCGACCUAUGGGCACAUACCUUGGCCAGGGCGCCUUCACAGACAUCUCACACCACCGCGAUCGACCUGCCAUCGCCGUCUCUAGCAGCAAUAUAUCCAUCUACGAUCUAACGAGAUCGGCAUCUGGCCCGACCCAGACCCUACAGUGGCCCACCUCCACCGACACCAUCACUGCCGUAUCCUUCAACCAGACAGAGACCUCUGUACUAGCCUCGACCGCACUCGACCGAGCUGUUGUCCUCUACGACCUACGCACUUCCUCUCCACUCGCAAAGACCAUCUUGACCCUCGCCUCGAACGCUGUGGCCUGGAACCCCAUGGAAGCAUUCAACUUCGCCGUAGCCAACGAAGACCACAACAUCUACAUCUUCGACAUGAGAAACAUGAAGCGGGCUCUCAACGUCCUGAAAGACCAUGUAGCCGCCGUCAUGGACGUUGAGUUCAGUCCCACCGGAGAAGAGCUCGUUAGCGCCAGCUAUGACCGCACAAUCAGACUAUGGAGCCGGAGUCGAGGUCACUCACGAGACGUAUACCACACGAAACGCAUGCAGAGAGUCUUCUCCGCUCGAUUCACCCCAGACAACAACUACGUCCUAUCUGGCUCCGAUGACGGGAACGUCAGAAUGUGGCGAGUCAACGCAUCAGACCGAUCUGGCGUCAAGUCGGCCCGACAACGGCAGAAAUUGGAGUACGACCAAGCACUCGUGCGACGCUACGAGCACAUGCCGGAACUCAGACGAAUCAAGCGCCAUCGCCACCUGCCCAAAACGAUCAAGAAAGCCGGAGAGAUCAAGGGUGAGGAGCUCAAGGCUAUCAAAAGACGUGAAGAGAAUGUCCGUAAGCAUUCAAAGAAGGGCAGCAUGCCGAGACAGGCUGAACGAGAGAAGAUGGUGCUGGCUAAGGAGACGUGA